UCUCUCUCUCUCUCUACUACAUUGGAAAACAUUAAUAACUCACAACCCACAACAAACCAACCCCACAAUAAAUAGAGCCCUUUCAGUCGCUUUAUAUGCUCCAAUCUCUGUUCAUGAUGUGCAUGGAGAUUGCUUUGAAUAUGCACUUAUGUUGCCUGACAAAAUGCACCAGCAACAACUAAUGAACUUCACCCAUCAAUGUCUUCCUGAGUUGCUGCUUCUUGUGACUUUGAGCUUCUGAGAUGGGUUCUCUGAAGUUCCCCAAGCUUCUUCUUCACCUUUGUGUGGUGAUAAUGACUCUGCUUCCAGUGCUCUACUAUGUUGAAUCUGUUGUUUAUGUUCAUUUUGAUCAAGUGCCUCCUGAAAAAUCAAGGUUCAGCACUGCGGUUUUUAGAUAUUCUGUUAUUAACCACCAUAAACAGAGGCUCUGCAAGGGUCUUGGAUGUUCAUUUUAUUGUGAGCUUGAUGGCAAUCCCUUAAAGUCUUGCUCUAGGGAUGAAAUGGUAUUCAAGAAUUUAACUGUUAACCAUGGCCAUAAUUUCUUUCUGAAUGUUUCAACCUCCAGUGGGGAAAAGGAAUUCAUCUUCUUAUUAUUGGUACAUUGAUACAAUACCGCCUACUGCAACAAUUACUAGUGAAACAACAUACACAAAUUCGGCCGAUAUUUCGAUUGGAAUAAAAUUUAGCGAAGCUUGCACUGGUCGAGGGGGCUUCAAGUGCUCAAAUGCUUCAAACUGUGAUAUUAUGGUCAAUGGACCAGCCGAUAUAGAUCCGUCAACCUUGCAGACUGUUAAACCUGGUGUGGAAUACAGGUUAGGCAUCAAGUUCUCUCCAGAGGAAACAUUUGGUCGCAUUGUAAUAAAAAUGGGUGAAAGUUUUUGUACUGAUGAAGCUGGCAACCUAUUUACUAGAUCAAAUAAUUCAACGCUUAUUCUUCAUUUAGAUAGAAGUUUGGUGCACGUUGAUUUAAGAACAUUGAUCCCAACAUAUGUCUUGGAGAUGGAGAAAGGGCCAAGGACUGUUCUUGCCACCAAUAAAAUGAACAAGAUGAAGUUCUUUGUGGUCUUCAGUGUUCCACUUGCAAAUUCAACCAAUGAUGUGCUAAAUGCUCUGGAUGUAAAUUCAGGAUACUUUGUGCCAAUUUCCACUGUUGGUCACACUAAUCGCAAAUUUGUUUUCGAACUGAGAGAUCUUUCUGAGACUGAUAUUGUUACUGUGAAGCUUCGGUCAGAUACUCUUAUUAGUAGGAGUGGGAAUUCUGUCUCUCCUGUUAUGCCUGUCGUGUUCUUAUAUGAUGCAACAAGGCCUAGCAUAAUGCUGAGUACAAGUUCCCCGAGAGUCACAAAGGAGGCCGGUUUUAAUGUAAUAGUUGAAUUCACAAAGCCGGUGUUUAAUUUUGAUACCUCGAGCAUUGAGGUUGAGGGAGGGACAGUUUCAAGAUUCAAAGAGCUCUCAAAGGCUCUAUACUCAGUAACAAUAGAAGCAGCAUCAGAUAAUGUGGUCACUGUGUUUGUUCCUGAAGGCAAAGUGAAUGAUGUUGCUGGGAAUCAAAAUCUGCCUUCCAUGCAACUUGAAGUGAGACAUUAUCUAGUGCCUGCAAUAUCGGUAUCACUUCACUCCUUUAUAACAUCCAGUUUGAUUGCUACCUCAUUGGUUUCUGCUAUUCUCACUCUUUCCUCGGUGAGUCUAACAGCAACAAAUGCUGUAACCAAUGGGCAUGCUGAUACAUUUAUCACUCAGCCAUCAAGAAAUCUACUGGGAAUGGUUGGACAUUUGCAAGUAUUUGCGUUGUCAAAUUGGUAUUCAGUGAGCCUCCCAGCCGAAUAUUCAGAUAUGACAAGGGGUCUCUGGUGGCUUAUACCCCGAGAAAGGCUUCCAUGGAAUAAGGAUACAUUGCCGAUUUGGUCAAACCAUUCACAAUUUGAAGGUUCUGCUGAUCACUUAGAGAAAAACGCAAGAGACUAUAUCAGUAAAGAGGAAAGACGACUUUUUUCAUAUGUACACAGCUCAGAAUAUAGAUUUUCAUCAACACCGCCUUUAGUUCGUCAAUCACAUGAUGAUGCGGUGGAAAGGAUUAGAUUCGCGAAAUAUGGAAAUGUGCAUCAAUCCGAUCUUGUGCAGAAGGAUAUCAGAUCAAAGUUGGGUGUUCUUUCUGGGCAGCAAAAUUCAGACAUUGCAAGUGUUGCUUCUGUGCCACCAUUGAGUUCAGAAGAAUAUUUCAUUUAUUUCUUGAGAGGAGAACCUUUAUCUGCUGCAAAUGUUGUAAAAAAGCUGGAGAACUAUGAAGGAUGGCAGGAUUUGGAGAUGAACUUGUUCUGGCUCGGCGUCGCAGUUAUUGGUUUGAUUGUAAUGCAUUCCCUUAUACUUCUGUUUCUAAGAUGGAGAACUGGAAAAUCGGUUCACGGAUCACUGGCUAUUCCACGGUUUGAGUUGUUCCUAGUGAUUUUUAUGCUUCCAUGCAUUGGCCAGUCAUCGGCUUUCAUCAUCAGAGGUAACACGAAUGCUGGAAUUGCGAUUGGUGCCUUGCUGCUAUCUGUUCCUGCUGCAUUUAUCUUAUCGACAUUCUUGUUCCUUGUGAUCACAGUGUUCACGUCCAAUUUUUUCGAGUACAGAGAAGUUAGGACACUUGAUACAAGUCAUUCAUACUGCAACAAGUUCUCCAACUUUCUCAGCAGAGACACAAUAGGAAGGUGGUUUCCCACUGAAGGAAGGUCAUCAUCAUUACUACUGAGAUUUGGAAUUCUCUUUGAAGAUAGAAAAGGGCCUCCGAAAUUUUUAUCAGUAGGCACUGGAAGGAUGAGAGAAUUAAGCCCAGAUUCAUCCAGCGAAGAAGCCACCUCUUGGGAGAGAUUGUUAGGAUGUGCGAGGUCAGCCUACAUUAUCAUCGAUCUUUUACGCAGAGUAGGUAUAGGAAUCCUUGCAGGAGUUUAUUCUUCGCCUUCUGAGAGUCAGUGUGCUAUAGCUUUCACCCUUACUGUCGUGCAGUUUCUCUAUCUCUGCACCGUAAAACCAUAUAUCAGGGCAGGUGUUCAUUUGGUGGAGAAUGUGUCACUGGUAUGUGAAUCAGUGUUAUUCGGGCUAUUGUUUUGCAGCAAUGGAAGAGAGGUGCUGUGGUACAAGGAUCAGAGAAUCAUCGGUCUUGUCAUGCUUGUUCUUCUUUUCAUCAGCUUUGUUUCUCAGCUUAUGAAUGAGUGGUAUGCUUUGAUGAAGUGCAUUUUGAGGCAUCCUCAGACUCAAAUGCCGUCUUACAAGGCAGGACCGAUAUCAGUUGGCAAAAGACUUGUUCUACCUUUGCUUCCGAGAAGGUAUUGGAGCAGACUCAUGCCGGGUUUCUCUGAACCUACCAGCGGUUUUGUUCCUGUUGUACCACCUGAACCAGAGAUUGAAUUAAAAAACACAAGUUUGAAAGCCAAGCAGCCAUCGUUUCAUUCGAUAGGAAAUGAUGAACUGAAAUCAGACCCAAAGAAUGAUAUAAAGAAACUGCGGGAGUUAGCAAGGGCGAGCUUCUCAGGUAAACUUUGGAAUACUGAGGAGGGAAGCUGCAGUUAUGCGCCACGAGAGCAGCGUCGACCUGAUGAAACAUAGAUGGCUUAGUCUGCAUAAACUGUUAAGGAACUCAAACACUGCUGUAUAUAUUGUUUGAUUUCAACCU